CAACUCAAUAAAUAAAUAAAAAUACCUAAAAUCAAUCCAUUUCCCUUCAAUUCAUAAAAAUUCCUAAAAUCAAUCCAUUUCUUUUCAAUUCAAUUCCAGGUUCCUUUCCCUUUUUUCUUUUGAUCACAAUCCACACAUGUAUACACAUCUAUAUAGCUUUAAUCUUUAACACCCAUCUUUGUUUAAUUUGUAUACUUUUGUGCAUAUUGUUAUAUAUUUCUGUUGUUUAAUUUCUAUAAAAUUAGUUGAAUAUAAGCUGGUUGUCAUUGUACUUCAUUAAUUUACCCCCUUACAAUAUCUGGGUCUCCCUUCAAUUUGUAUUCCUGUAAUUGUAAUCCAAUAAAGUUUCAAGCUUUAUUAUAUAUUCAAGAAAAAAAAAAGAUUCCAAAAAUAUUAUACAGGUAAAUCUUGGGCUAUUUUAGUUGAAAGAUAAUCUAAACAUGGCUGAAUCAAUUUCUGCAACUUCCUUGUUAGGGUAUAGACCCAUUUUAGGUAGUUAUGUCAAAGAUUGUAAUUAUGGAAAACGAGUUGCGAUUAGCCCGAAUCGAUUGCCUAGGUUUCGGGCUAUUAGUUUUAAGGUUAAAGCUCAAGCAAUGGAGUUGACUAAAGAAGUGUAUAAUUUUAGAAAAGAAGAUAGGUUUCCUAAAGGUUCUGAUUAUGAAAUGGAUACUAGUUUAGAACGAAAACCCGGGUUGUGGCCACCCAAUAAUAAAGCUGAUAGCCCGUCUUUGCAUAACCCGUUGCUUAGACAAGAACGGAUGGGUUGUGGUUGGUUAGGUGCUAUAUUUGAAUGGGAAGGUGUGUUGAUAGAGGAUAAUCCUGAUCACGAGAAGCAGGCGUGGCUUGCGCUUGCUCAGGAAGAAGGCAAGUCUCAACCUCCUGCCUUCUUGCUUAAGAGAAUUGAAGGGAUGAAAAAUGAGCAGGCUAUUUCGGAAGUACUUUGUUGGUCUAGAGAUCCGAGUCAACUUAAGCGAAUGGCUUUAAGAAAAGAACAGAUUUAUAAAGCUUUACAAGGUGGGAUUUACAGGUUUCGUGAUGGGUCACAAGAGUUCAUGGAUGUGUUGACUCGUUACAAUAUUCCAAUGGCUUUAGUCUCGACACGUACACGAAAGAAUCUUGAAGAGGCAAUAGGUGCAAUUGGGAUAAAUGGUGUUUUUGAUGUUGUUGUAACUUCUGAGGAUGUUUAUAGAGGGAAACCCGACCCUGAGAUGUUUGCAUACGCAGCUCAAUUGUUGCAGUUUAUUCCUGAAAGGUGUAUUGUGUUUGGUAAUUCGAAUUUAAGUGUUGAAGCUGCUCAUGAUGCUAAAAUGAAGUGUGUAGCAGUGGCAAGUAAGCAUCCGGUUUACGAGCUAAGUGCUGCUGAUCUGGUGGUGAGACGGCUUGACGAGCUUUCGGUGGUUGAUUUGAAGAAUCUUGCUGAUAUAGAAACUUCUGAAUUUGGUGAACCAGAAGUGGAAAUGGAGUUGGAAGAAGCUGAAACACUUCCUUCUUCACGGGUGGCGGUAGAUGAUGAUGAUUUCUGGUAAUUUAUAUUAUACCUGUACAGUUUUAAUGGUGAAAUAUGCAUCUGCCACUUGAUAGUUCAUAUAAUUGGGGAAGGGAAAGGGGUAGUCUUUAUUGGAUUACUAUGUUAUAUGUAUUAUAUGUAUGUGUAAUAUGUAUAUAAAUAUUUUAUUUUUCAAA